AUGGAACUCGAAAGUCGCAUGAAAUCUGGGGUAGUCGCCUCAAGCGAUGAGGUAUUCACUCAAGAUGAGCGGGAUCUCAUGCGAUUGGGAAAGAAACCGGUGUUGAAGCGCAAUUUUGGAUUCAUGCAAAUCCUUGGAUUCUCUUGCACGGUCUUGGCCACUUGGGAGGGGAUUCUUCACUGGGUCGCGUUGUUGGCACCGAGAUCGUGGAGUAAAUUCAUGAGCUUCAUCACUGGAUGGGUGUCAUUGAUCGGUUGGCAGGCUACGACUGCCUCGUCGGCAUACUUGGGUGGAGCUGUCUUGCAGAGUACAAUCUUGCUAGUCAAGCCUGAAUACACUCCUAAGCCAUACCAAGCAAUGCUGAUCGGAUGGGCAUUGCUUGCCUUCGCCGUGAUAAUUAAUACUGUCGGUAGCAAGACCUUGGCCCAUUUCGAAGGAUUAAUCCUGAUUCUCCACGUAUUGGGGUUCUUCGCCAUCUUGAUUCCUAUGGUUUAUCUUGGAGAUCACAGCGAUGCUUCAAUCCUUACCACUUUUGUCAAUUCUGGAGGCUGGUCAACUCAGACGCUAUCUUUCAUGGUUGGUCUACCAUCCUCCAUUUUCGCCCUUAUUGGGGUCGACUCAUGUGUUCACAUAGCGGAAGAAGUCAAGAACGCAACGAGGGUGAUCCCGCGAGUCAUCCAAUUUAGCGUACUGCUAAAUGGCAGUCUGGGAUUUGCAAUGAUCGUUGCAUAUCUGUUCUGCCUCGGGAAUCUAGACGAUGUUAUAAAAGAAUCUGCGACGCUUGGAUAUGCUUACCUGUAUGUAUUUCUGAAGAGCACAGGAUCACCGGCUGGAGCAGCGACCAUGGCUAUGAUCAUGUGGAUUCUCGGAGUUUGCUGCUUGGUUGGCCUCAUGGCCGCAACUUCUCGACAGUUGUGGUCUUUUGCAAGGGAUAAUGCUGUACCUUUCUCAGAUCAAGUAACAAAGCUUCACCCUCGAACUCGAAUCCCUGUUAUCACGAUUGGAAUAACAGCUACAAUUUCCAUGCUUCUAUCUACCAUCGCACUUGGCUCUGUCGUCGCUUUCAGCAACAUUGUAAAUCUUAGUAUUGGUGGCCUAUAUGCCUCAUACUUCAUUGUUUGCACCUUGCUCCUUUGGCGGCGGAUCCAGGGCAUUAGACCCUACAGCGACCGCGCUGUGAUGGUCGGCCCAGAAACCCUCCAGUGGGGGCCUUGGAAGGUCCCUGGAGUAUUCGGAAUAGCCAACAACCUUUUUGCUUGUGUGUAUUUGUUCGUCAUGUGGUUUUUCUCCUUCUGGCCAGGUACGGCUACGGUCACUAUUCAGUCUAUGAACUUUAGUUCUCUCACAUUUGGUGGGACUGUAUUUCUAGCCGUCCUAUGGUACUUCGUAAGCGGUAGGAAGACGUAUACUGGACCAAGAGUUGAAGUAGAUCUGGAGUAG